AUGGCCAAGCACCCACUGCUGCUGCUGCUGGCCGUGUGGGUGCUGGCCGGGGGGCUGUGGCUGGAAGCUGAAGCCCGGGGAGCACCCUAUGGGGUGAAGCUUUGCGGCCGGGAAUUCAUCCGAGCAGUCAUCUUCACCUGCGGAGGCUCCCGAUGGAGGCGGUCGGACAACCUGGCCCAGGAAGCAAUGGAAAAGGACACUAAGAAUCAAAGAAGUAAAUUCACUUUCUCAGGAUUAUAA